CCGUGCCAGUUUGUGUAGUAAACUGCAGUUUGAAUUCAGCUAGUUCUAGACUAGACCAAAUGGAAAAUGUUUGUUCAGCUACCUAGUUCCUUUAGCCACUCUUCAUAGGAUUUAGUCACCAGACUCCUUAUCAUCUUUGAUAUUAUCUGUUGUUGGCCAUUUUUUCUCUCAUCUCAUCCCAUAAAAGCUUUAUGCCAUCAGGAACCAAUACCUGAAGGAAUACGAUGACAUAUCUUGACAUACCCCACCACAAAUUAAAUUCUCUAACUCUUUCUUCCAAAUCUCUACUCUCUAACAAAAAGCACCAUCUCAUUCUCUGAAAUCCAACCUCACAGAAGCUAAAACAUCAUUUUACUGGCUCCAGAAAAUUGCACCCCAAUAACACUAAUUCUGCCCCACUUUCAGCUCCAUUAAGUCUUAGUCCAGACAUUCCUGCCAAAUCCUAAACCAGGGGUCUGCAACCUUAAACACUCAAAGAGCCAUUUGGACCCGUUUCCCACAGCAAAGAAACACCUUGGUCACUCAGAGAGAUGCACGACUUGCUCUCCACCCCGGGACACUGGCUUGGCCUGACUGCGGCCAAUGCCGCUGUUGUUGCCACCUCCAUAGUCUGCCCACUGCUCUCACAGUGCCUUGCACAGCACAGUUAAAUUUAGCACGCUUCACAAUGUGGGGAGAUGGUGUCCCCUCCUCCUCCUGGAGCCCAUUACGAUGCAGAGCAUUAGUUGCAGCCGGGCUGGGCCAGUGUCUUGGGGAAGAGAGCAAGUCGCGCAUCUCCCCGAAUGAUCGAGGUCUGCAUGACACCUACAAGGGCUGGAAGAAGCGCCUGCGAGAUAUGGCGAGUACAGGGAUACUUUGCUCCUGCUUUGGAAUAUGGAGCGAGUUUCCAUCCCCUGCCAUCGCCUUUACCUUCUCAGGCCAGGCGAGGAGUGACUGGGAGGGGAAGGCGAGGGGCGGGGCCAGCCAGUGGUGGGUUAAAUGGACAGGGAGUCACAGCAGGGGGACGAAAGAGCCGAAUGCGGCUCCAGAGCCGCAGGUUGCAGACACCGGUCCUAAACCAUGCUACAGAAUAACCCCACCAUAGAAGUACUGAUCUUUCAAUACUAACUGCUAACUCCAGCUUUUAUUCAGAUAGGUCACCUGGUAGUGAACCAAAUAUAAGUAAAUUGAAGAGAUAAGCUGUGUGAUGUGGCAUUUGCUAUGAGGGAAAAAUGACAUAUACUGUACUGGGCUCUGAAAAUUACCUUAGUACAUAGGAGAAAGAUUUCAGUCUAGACAAUCUGAAAGAGAAAUAUGAGUCCAAAGCUGGAACCAGCACUGGAGAAAGCCUAUCAGAAUUGACCAACCCCCUCCAAGUCUCUGCAACUAAAGGCAGGAGAGGGGGACUUUCAGACUUGCAAAAUUCUAUUACUUUAACUUUACAAUAGAGGUAAUUGGGUUUUGGUUGUCUGGUCUGCAUUUGAAAAGCUGACAUAUUCUUAAUUAAGCUCCAUGCUUUUGAAAGGAGAAAUUAAAGCAGUGGUUUACAGUACAAAUCUAGGGAACGGGUUUUUUUAAGGAAAGAAAUUACAUGUGUUGGACAUCCCUGAACUGUAGAAGUUACUAAUUUCCAGUUUACUGAAUGGGGUUUAGGAAAUUAUGACAUUCUUGUUUUUAAAAAUGACCCAAUACAGAUAUCUCUAGAAAGAAAAGAGAUACUGAAUCUUACAACCUUCUUGGCAAAAUAGAAUAGUGAUGUAAUGAUGCUAUAAAUAAGAUUUAGCCCUGGAUAUGUUUGUCCAGUAGACUAUCAAAAGAUUAUUAAAAAAUCAAUCCACCAGUUCCCUAAAUGGCACUCAAGGAGCCUUAACGAUUAACUUAAAAAUUUGGAAUAUCAUCCUAAAAAUUUGGAAUAUCAUCCAAUUCCCAGAUCUAGUGAAAAUUCAUUCACCUUGUAGGAAGGUUCUCAGUUCUCAGCCAUUAAAAUGUGUUUAAAAAAACAUUUUUCAACCUUGGCAACUUUAAAAUGGGUGGACUUUUAUUGAAACAUGCUGACUGGGAAAAUCUGGGAGUUGAAAUCCACUCAUCUUUUAAAAAAAAGUUGCCAAGACCGAGAAACACUGCUUUAAAUUGUUUCUGCUCUUUCUGCCUAAAAAGAUCGUUGAGUUGUCAUCCAAAGGAAACUCGGCAAAGAAUCCUGUCACUCAAGUAUGACAACAUCCCGCGUGCUUGAUUUUUGGGUCUCCCGCCCUCGAAAGAAACUACAAGCCCCAGCAUCCUCCGGGGCUCAACACCUGCAAGCCGCGUCCCGCCUCUUUGUGAAAGUAGGAGGGGAGGCGCCCAGAGAAAAGAGAUGAGAAUGGAACGAGGGGAGGACGCACCGGCUGCACAGAAGGCUACUUCGUACGCGUGGGAUUGCUCGCAACAGCCGCUUCCCCCCAGCAGCCGAGGCAAAUGGGUUCGGCUGAAUGUCGGGGGCACCGUUUUCUUAACCACCAAGCAGACCUUGUGCCGCGAGCAGAAAUCCUUCCUCUGCCGCCUUUGCCAGGGAGAGGAGCUGCAGUCAGAUCGGGAUGAGACCGGCGCGUAUCUCAUAGAUCGAGAUCCAACUUACUUUGGACCUAUUCUGAAUUUCCUUCGACAUGGGAAACUGGUACUGGAUAAAGACAUGGCUGAGGAAGGAGUUCUGGAAGAAGCAGAAUUCUACAACAUUGGGUCUCUAAUCAGACUAAUAAAAGACAGAUUGGAGGAAAAGGAUUACACCAUAACCCAGGUGCCACCAAAGCAUGUCUACAGAGUACUGCAAUGUCAGGAGGAAGAGCUCACACAAAUGGUUUCUACAAUGUCAGAUGGGUGGCGCUUUGAACAGUUGGUGAAUAUUGGGUCAUCCUAUAACUAUGGGAAUGAGGAUCAAUCAGAAUUCCUGUGCGUUGUCUCGAAGGAACUGUGCAGCUCACCCAGUGGCCUCUGUUCUGAGUCCAGCCGGAAACUCAAGGUGCCACCUGCUGUAACACAGAAUUCUGAGGAAGACCCAGAAAAAGAACAGCAGAAUGACGAGGAGCUGCAGCUGCAAGACGUUGAGAGGCAGGAGGAGGCACCAGUGCAAGCCGAUGGUGGAGGAGCUUCAAAAGAGGGUGCAUGGAAUGCCUGUGUGGGCAUCAAGCAAUAUACAGAAGCUUAAGGCUAGUGAGAGGUGGGCGAAAACUGUGCAUUUGGCAGCUGUUGCACUUUGGUCUGAACUGUUUAUUUUAAUACUAAAUUUGUAGCAAGCUCCAUCAACCCAAGAUUCCACCGAUUCUUUUUCUUCUUGUGACCUUUUAGAGGCCUUUUACUUUCUGCUCUUUCCAUUUUUCAUUCCUUCUCCUUUUUUUGUUAUUUUUUUUUCCCUUUGAUCCUUCUUCCAAGCCUGUCUUUUUCUCCAUGAGCCAAGAAUCCUGCGUUGUAGACUAGUUUAGACUUUGGGCCUCUCUUUCCUGUUCUGUUUUGUUAAAGACAACACAUCAUCGUCACACCUUUUAUCCAUUAUUCACCCGGCACCUUCCUUUUUCUUGGAUUUUUUUUUUUUUUUUUUUGCGCUGAGAUGUAGGUAUUUGGACUGAGACCAUUUUGAAUUUGUCUUCCAGCAUAAGCCUCAUGAUUCUGAGAAAUGGAGUAUCACAGUAGAAGAUUAAAGGCAGGAGAAGAUGACUUCUCAACAUACAAAGCAGCCUUUAAAAAAAUGAAAUGGAGAGUGAGCUUUCUGACUUGGCUGUAUCUUUCUUUAUGGAUAAUACUUUUCCAGGGUCUCAUACAAAAGUCUUUUCUACCUCUGUUCUUUGAGAUAUCAUUAACCGGAGAAGCCAGAGAUCAAGUUUGGUUCUUCUGCAUGCCAAUUGUGUGCUACGCUUUUGGCAGCCACGCAUCCUCCCAUCACCAACAAUAUAUUGUUACUUAUAUUGAGAUCUAAAAGAAAAACCAAAGUUUCGUGUUGCAAAAAAAAAGUCUGUCUUUGCUGAGGGUAAAUUUUGCCAUCUGCAUUUUCUUACUAUCUUCGUUACUCAACUGUAUCAAGGUACCUCCUGUUUCUUGCCAAUCUUCCUCUUACCUGGAAACCAGAAUGUUCUGUAAUGUGAUAUCUCCUUCCUGGACAAGGAAGGGCUUUGAUGUUGCUUCUGCUGGGAAGACUGUCUCAUUUCCUGCUUGAGUCCUGCCUGCUUCAGAGAGUACAUUGCCUGUCAGCUCUGUUAUGCACUCCCUCUACAUUGGCUGCUUUUCAGCUUCAGGUUCCCCCCCCCCCUUGGUCCCUUUCCUUCUCUUUGUUCCUAUAAACUCAACAGACCUUCUGCCAUGGACAUCAAUAGCAGUAUAUUGUUUGUGGAAGUAUCUCCCCAAUGGCUGGGGUCAAACGAGGGCUGGUCUUCAGUGGCAUGUCAGUGCAUCGUUUUGUUUCCUCUCCCCAAGAUGUCUCCUGAGUCAGUAACCACAAACUAUGCAUUCCCAUACUUGGUUGGACCCCAUACAUUAACCACAUGCCUUGGGGCAAAUUGGGGGACAAAAGAGCGAGAUACUGCAUUUUGGGGUUUCCUGACUGGAUCCAAACAUGGAAGUAGGCAAAAGGUGUAGCUCCUCUUCUCUUCCCCUUGUAGAUCUCAACAGGGAGAAAAGCCAGACAAUUAAAUGAAAAAGGGGUGCCCAGUUCCCAUCCUCCACUGUACAAUGUACUCAUGUGUCUCCCCUCAGGAUUGGGUAGAUGGGGAAAGGGAUGAGUUGUCUCUGGAUGAGGAAGAACAACAGUCAUUCCCCAAAUCCAUCAGGUGCUUCCCAAAAAAUCAGAUUUUCCUGAGUAUUUCAGGAAAGGCUGCCAAUCUCUUGGGCCCAGGCAGCCAGAAUCUGUCACUCAUAUUCCAAGACAUGUUCUUGAAUUAGAACAGGAUUGUGAGGGAUGGCUCCUCCAUGCUCUUGAAACCCCAUACCUCCCCUCAGACUAGAAUGUCUCAUACCUCUACUGUGAAUGUCCCUGUGGCAGAAAUUGCUUUUCAUUUCACAAAGAUGUGAAAGAUGCACCCACAAAUCCCCGAAGACAGGAAAAUGGAGAUCCCCAACGCUGAGCUUGUCAAUCGAAAGGUUGGCAGUUCAGCAGUUUGAAUCCCUAGUGCUGCGUAACGGGGUGAGCUCCCGUUACUUGUCCCACUUCUGCCAACCUAGCAGUUCGAAAGCACGUAAAAAAUGCAAGUAGAAAAAUAGGGACCGCCUUUGGUGGGAAGGUAACAGCGUUCCGUGCGCCUUUGGCGUUUAGUCAUGCCAGCCACAUGACCACAGAGACGUCUUCGGACAGUGCUGGCUCUUCGGCUUUGAAACGGAGAUGAGCACCGCCCCCUAGAGUCAGGAACGACUAGUACAUAUGUGUGAGGGGAACCUUUACUUUUACCUUUAUAAGAACCACUCUCUUUGUGAGGGGAGAGACAGAAUUUACUUCUUCCCCUCUUAGGAUAUUUAUGGGUACAAUCACCCCAUAAGUCAACAGUAUGCAAUACAAAAAAUAUGUUAAGUUUAUUGAAUAAAAGCUUGAAUAUAAUUGUUCAUUUAAUAUAUUUCUCAAUUCUAACACAGCUAAAUAGAAGUACACAUUGCUGUUCAGUCCAAUUUCCCCAAAUAAUGGAAGCAGAGAUGUUAUCUAAAUAAAUUAUCAAUUACUAAAGUUGUUUUGAAGGUCCUUGACUGGAUUUUUUAGAGUGGAAAAUACAGUGGGAGAAGUAGAGGCAAAAGUAUCAAACAAAAUAUAAUAAGCUCUUAAACGCUACACACACUCUUUGCAUUAACUCUUCACUCAGAGUUCUUCUUCAUCUCCUGUUUCAUAGCAUUUAUAGCAUUAGACCUUGAUCAGCUACUUCUCAUCAAUCCUAUUAUAAAUAUUGUUACAAUUUCCAAAUUGUAGAAAAAUAUUUGAGCAGUUCUUAAUUGUGGAAGAUUUUUUUUUUAUCCUGGCUUUUAUAAUUAUUAUAAAUAACUCAAAGAAGCAAAUAUAUCUAAUACUCCUUCCUCAUUGUUGUUUCCCAACAAUAAUCUUGGGCUGAGAGAGAGUGACUGACCCAAAAUCACCCAGUCAGCUUUAUGUCUAAGGUAGAACUAGAAUUUACAGUUUCCUGGUUUCUAGCCUGGGUGCCUUAGCCACUAGACCAAACUGGCUCUCUUGUACUUUACAAGUGGCACUUCUUGGUACUUUUAAUCUUUUCAUCAUUCUUUCUAAUUCAUUGCUUUAGUGUACUCAGUCACGCUAUUGAAAUUCCAUGCACCUAGGUUUUGGAUGGAUAUAUUUAUUAAACUAAAUAUUUAUCAUAUAGUUUAUUAAGCUUAUUAUCAUUAUGAUUAUUGGAAGAGGUUAUUUGCUGGUCAUAUAUUCUACAAAAUGUAUACAUUCAACUGCAAUAUCAAUUGUCUAUGGAUCAGCUAGCUCAAAUCACUUUUCCAGUAUACUUUUGCUACCUCAGUCAUGGCCAAGGCUUCUACUCUAAGAUUCAGAGAGAAAACUGGAUCCAAAUUAUGUCAAGAAAUCCGACUGGGAAAAGGAGAAGCUCACACAAGUUAUGAACAACUAGCUAAGGCUGCUGUUGCUUUCAUGAUAGAUUCUUAGCCAGAGGUAAGGCAGUUAGUGUUGCCUCAAGGAAGUAAUGGUGGCUGACAAAUAGGAAGGUAACUCUAAUUUCAAAUUGGGCCUAAUAUUGGGUGUGUAUAUAUGGUAAUUUCGGUCAAUCGGAGGUAAGGACACACUCUAGCAAGAAAGGUUCUUCAUCAUCACUCUGUACCUGGACCCUUUGCUUUAUGGCCACUUUUUACUGGAACCAAAUUGUAAUCCUUUUCUUCUGCCCCAAUUCCAGGAUUUAGUUAAAAAGGAUUGCCGCAUACUAUACAUUGGAUGACCAGUCAAGAUCUACCUGAGCAGAAUAGAGGAAUUCAAACUCUUUAUUUUUCUUGGGAUGAUUUCUCAGAACUAUAAAAACACACUAUCCAUACUCACCAGGGGGAUCAAAGCUUGCAUCAGACAUUCCCAUGAGACCUAGAACAAGGCAGGCAACUCUACAGGGAACUCUAGCCCACUUGCCUAGAAGAAUGGCUUCUUUGAGGGUGCCCUCAAUGCUAGUGCCCACUUGGGAGACAUCUGUGGGGUUUCCACGUAGAACUCUGUGUCUUCCUUUAUAAAACAGUGUAAACCUCACUUGCGCCUCUUGGCCAAAAGCAUUUUAAAAAUUACAGAAGAUAACUGAUAACAAGAACUAGGAUUCUAUCUUCAGAGGCAGCCAUCACUGUAGGAAAACUAUAAUGAACUUACUGUGAAAGUUUUUUUUUUUUUUUUACAAUGGGGACAGAACAUUCAACCCAUCCUGAUACAUUAAAAAGGAGAAAAUAUUUGCUCGCAAAGAUUUAUAGUCUAAUGUAUAUACUGUUCAUGCACUUCUUAGGGUUUCUUUUCUUCCUUUGUGAUCUGGAAUAUCAAUCCAAAACGGGGAAGGAGGUAUACUCUCAGAGAAAGCAAUGUCAGAUAUUUUAUAGCUUUGCCUAUGGAAUGAAGGGGAAGGAAAAACUCCCUUUAGAAUGUCAUGUCUUUGCUGUAAAAAAAACAACAACCCUUCAUUGUAAAUCUAAUUUCCUGUUCCUAUUCUCCCACCUAAUAACCUUGAAGAUUACAAAGAGGGUCUGGUGGCUCAGCAGACUAAAAGCAUUGUGAUUAACGCCAGCUGUCUGCAAUUACUGUAAGUUCGAAUCUCACCAGGCUCAAGGUUGACUCAGCCUUCCAUCCUUUCUAAGGUAGGUAAAAUGAGGACCCAGUUUGUGGGGGCAAUAAGCUGACUUUGUAUAAAUAUACAAAAGUAUGAAGGCUAUUGCUUAGCACAUUGUAAGCCGCCCUGAGUCUCCGGAGAAGGGCGGCAUAUAAAUAAAAUAAAAAUAAAAAUAAAAUAAAAAUAAAAGUUGAAUUUGAUAUUCCCAAGAAAACCAGGUUUUAGAUUAGAUUACCAGCAACAAUCCAGGACUGAUUUAGGUAUUCUUAAAACAGUUGAUUUAAUCUGUAAUCAGAAUAGAGAUUAUGGCAAUCAGUUUUACCAUUUAAGGUUUUCUAAUACUGUCUCUAUAGCAGGACUAUCAAACUCGCAGCCCGUGGGCCAGAUGCGUCACACGUUGGCCAAGCCCACGCCCAGUUUAGCAAAGGGGAAACCAGUCCCGAUACAUCACGUGACACCGCCGUGACGCCAUGGGUUUGACACGCCUGUUCUAUAGGAAGAAUCCUAUUGUUGGUCUUUUGUAUAGGGGUACCCAUAUUUACCCUCUUCUCAGUGUAUAAAUUUUUUUGCUGUUGAGCAGCAUUGGCCUUUUCCAAGGAUUAUGGGCUUGACACAUAGAUGAGCUUUGUCUUUUGUUGUAAAGGAAGGAUCAAGGCAUCCCUAAGGCUCAACUUGCAAAGCGCUCCUUUCAGUGAUCAUCUGCAACGGGAGGUUCUAGCAGAAAAGGUUUCUUAAUCUUUUGUCUCUGCAGGAAUGUCUUGGCUCUCUGCUGUGGCCUGAAGGUCAGAUAGUCUUUGAGACCACUGGUGCUUUGUAUUCACCUGAUUCCCCCCCCCCCGCCCUCCAGCUGCUUUUCUAGAUACUACUUUUAGCUUUUCUCAUGCAUCCUGUUCAUUUGUUUUGUCCUCUCUUCUCCUGUUUCCUGCCCUUGUUCCUCCUUGCCAUUUUUUUUAAAGCUGUUACAAACCAGAUGUCUCAGGAUAUGAUGCUAAUGAUGAUCAAUGUCUCUCUCUCUUUUUAAAGUUAACUUUUAAAUCUUUAUUUUUGUACUGUUAUUUAAAAAAAACAAACCACAAUGGGGUGGGUUGUUAGAAUAAGAUGAAAUAUUGUAUUUUCCAGUUUCUAAGCAGCACCCUCUAAUUGCUGUAUGUUCUGCUAUUCUUCAAAACACUGGGUUACUUUUCUUACCCUUGUGUUAUUGUUGGGAGACGUGGCAUGCACUUUCAGGAACUAAUUUCUUCAUGGCCUCCAGAAUGGACUUUUCAUGCUGUCACAGCUUCCCCUGCUGGGGAGAACAAAGUAAAACAGACAGAACUUCCUUCUAGCCUUGCAUGUUUCAGGCUUGCUCAGUGUGGGAAUAGACGAGGUUCUGGAAAGGACCUCAGGAGCUUCUAACAAUGAAUGUCCUGCAAUCCCUGUUGCCCUUUGUGGACAGCUAUCUCCAUUACAUGAGUUCUAACAUUUUGGCAUGCAGGAAUACCCUUGCAGUGUGAAAGAGAGGAAGCAUGAAGAGAUGCAGUAGCUCCAUCUUUUGCUCUUUGCAUUGCAUAUAGUGUUUUUCGAGAGUUCCGUUUUUAGCUGCAAAGGGCAGCAUAAGAAGUUGUGUAAGAAAAUACACCCCUUUUUGUAGAAAGAAACCAGCUGGAGUAUUUCUCCUUCGAUAGAUAUGCUUCUAGAUGGAGAGCUUGGCUCAUGUUCAAAUAACAAUUCUUCCUUGGAAGCAGAUCCAAUAAUAAACCUUAUGCCUUUAGACUGAGAAGGAGAGUGUUGUCCUUCUUGAACAAGAUUUUAUUAUUCCUGAAAGUACAUCACUAAGCAGAUCACAUUGGCUUGGUGUGAGCCGCUUUGAGUCUUCGGAGAAAGGCGGCAUACAGUUUUAACAAAUAAAUAAAUAAACUGCACCAGAUUUUACCAAAAAACAGCAGUGUCUGAGGGGAAAGUUAAGAGAGACGUUGGAGGGUUGGGCAGUGUGUGUGUGUGUAUGUGUGCAAUCUUUCGAUGCAAGCCCCAUCACUUUUGUACACAUGUUGUGACAUCAUCAUAUGUACCAAAGGGUAGACUUUGCAGUGCAGUUUGACUCCCCCCCCGCCAAAUUGGAUGAAAACAAGCUACGGUUUGUUGCUGCUGAAACGUGCCCCAUGAAGAUCUAAAGGCAAGCAAACUGCAACAUGACAAAUAUUUCAUUUUCCUUCCAAAUUCUCCUGUUGCCGAAGCAAUUUUUCCAGCCGCUGGUUUCCCAGGCCUGUAUUAAUUUGUUAGCUUUUCCAGAUUUGCCAUCUGGUAAGCAGAGCAAGGGAGUGGGUGGCAGGAACUCCAAGAGAACAGCCUAGAGAAGAGGGGCUGGUGUUGUUUUCUUUAUACGUGUACCAUUCCAUGGAAGACCUGCCCAAAAGAAAGCAUGUCCAUGCGGGCAGCUUUAAAGAUAUACAAAUGUCCUCUAGCAUGCAACUAGCCAGACCACGAGAGAGAAGAAAACGGAUUUGAUUCAGCAAUAACGUUGGUUUGAUUUUUACCUGGUCGAUCAAUUUCACUUCUAUUUAUCUUGCAGUUGCCAUCUCUAUGGCUGUUUGGAGAUACCUUUUUUUUUAAAAAAAAAAUCCCUAUGGAAUAGACAUUAGGAGCAAAAAAAUAUAGUGGGGAGAUGGAGUUAUGCAUUCUCUAAUCCUUCCCCUUCCAACCAAUUGUAUGAUUCUGUUAAAUUUCUAUGAUAUUGGGGAUGGUUCACAAAUUCAGGUUCCCAGAUGCACAACUGUAACUGUAAUUAGCCGAAUACUUUUCUUACUCACAUUUUCUCCAUCCCAAAAGGUCAGGCUGAAGGGAAGCACAUAAAUUCUUCCCUAUAGCCUUUCUUUCUUGUGAUACUUGAGGAGAGUUAGUAACAAUACUCUAAUGGAUGAGCAUCUGCCCUUUGAUACACUUGAAUGCAUGUGUUUCUGCAUGCACACGCAGCCACCUAAGUACGUGUUUCAUUUCAGUGCUCCAGGAAAUAUCAUAGCCAUUUAUGUAAAUCAACAGGACAAAUAUUACUUCUAAUAUAAAGCCACGUGUUUACUACAAAGAUAUCCAUAAUUCUGUUAAUUGAGACAGCAAUUUUUAAAUUGUGUCCAAGGAUGCUGUGUAAAAACUCUUGAAUAAAUUUCACUAUCUCAUUA